GUGGCGCUACUCGCUCCGCUCUGCUCCGGUGUCGAUCCUCGGUCCGGAGCCUCCGCCGCCGCCGCCGCUGCUGCUCUGCUCUCCCCGGACAUGUCGCCUGUUUUCGGGACGCGGUGUCGGUGUGUUUCCUCGGAGGGUCCCGGCUCUUCGCUUUAACCCGCCCGUCGGACUGUUUGUUCCCGCUGCGUGUCCCCGUGGUCCCCGUGGUCCCGCCGUCACCCGCUUCCGUCCCUCUUCUCUUCCCCUCCGCGCCGGGACCGUCCUCCUCCCGCGGCCGCGCUCGGAGCCUCGGAGCCGCGGAGCCUCGGAGCGUCGGAGCGUCGUCCCCGGGCCUCGGAGCGCGUCGGGCGGCAUGUGGAGCGUGACUCUGCGGGCCGUGGCGGUGCUGCUCGCUUCGUGGCUGUUGGGGAGCUGCGUCCGCUGCUGGUUCCGGACGGACGGCGCCGGGAAACCGCAGACCCAGCACAGCGGACACCGGAGCAGCGACGACCGGAGCUGCUUCUGCCAUUUGACCGGGGAUCUGGACGACUGUUUCUGUGACGUGGAGAGCAUCGACGUCUUCAACAACUUCAAAAUCUUCCCCAAGAUCAAGAAGCUCACAGAGAGAGACUACUUCAGAUACUACAGGGUGAAUCUGAAGAGGCCCUGUCCCUUCUGGGCGGACGACAGUCACUGCGCCAUCAAAGACUGUCACGUGGAGCCCUGCCCCGAGAGUAAAGUGCCUGUGGGAAUCAAGUCUGGGAACUACAACAAGUAUUCUCAGGCGGCGAACUCUGACUCCGAGGUGACCGAGUGUGAACAGGCCAAAGAACUGGGAGCCAUCAACAGCACUCUGAGUAAUCAGAGUAAAAAGGCGUUUGCCGACUGGGCGAGACAUGACGACGCCCAAGAGCACUUCUGUGAACUUGACGAUGAGACGUCUCCGGACUCCGAGUACGUGGAUCUGCUCCUGAACCCUGAGCGUUUCACCGGGUACAAAGGCUCCUCCGCCUGGAGAGUCUGGAACAGCAUCUACGAAGAAAACUGCUUCAAGCCUCGCUCGGUGUAUCGGCCGCUGUAUCCUCUGGCCCCCAGCAGAGGUGACGAUGACGGUGAGGCCUUCUACAACUGGCUGGAGGGUCUGUGUUUGGAGAAGAGAGUGUUCUACAGACUCAUCUCUGGCCUCCACAGCAGCAUCAACAUCCACCUGAGCGCAGAGUACCUGCUCGAUGAGGGUUGGGGUCGGUCCGUGUGGGGUCCGAACCCGUCGGAGUUUCGUCGGCGGUUCGAUUCGUUGGAGGGGACGCGGCGUCUGAAGAACCUGUACUUCCUGUUCCUGAUCGAGCUGCGGGCGCUCUUCAAAGUGGCGCCGUAUUUCGAGCGCUCGGUGGUUCACCUGUACACGGGCAAGAGCCAAGAAGAUCUGAGGACCAAAGACCUGCUGCUGCGGCUCUUCAAGGAGAUCAGGGCGUUCCCCAUGCACUUCGACGAGAGGUCCAUGUUCGCCGGAAACACGCUGGAGGCCAAGACCCUGAAGGAGGAGUUCAGGCUUCACUUCAAAAACAUCUCCAAGAUCAUGGACUGUGUCGGCUGCAGCAAGUGUCGCCUCUGGGGGAAACUACAGACUCAGGGUCUGGGCACGGCUCUGAAGAUCUUGUUUUCGGAGCGUGAGAUCAGGAGUCUCCCGGAGAACAGUCCGUCCAGAGGCUUCCAGCUCAGCCGCCAGGAGAUCGUCGCUCUGGUCAACGCCUUCGCCAGAGUGUCGACGAGUAUUUACCAGCUGCAUAAUUUCCGCUCGAUGUUGAGCUCGGAGAGGUGACAUCAUCGGCGCGGGACGGAGCGGAGGUGACAUCAUCAGAAAUGGCGGGGGGGCGGAGCCGGGAUGGCGUCGGCGCGGCGUCGGUGGGACGUUUGUGGGACGGGCGGCGUGUGCGUUUGUGCCUUCAGAGCGCCAGACGGACUUUUAAUGAGGACUUUAGGCUCCUGUCUGCUCCUGUCUGCACCUGUCUGCACCUGUCACGCCCUCUGCAGGUGUGACAGGUGCGACAGGUGCAGACAGGUGCGCUCCGUGUGGUGUCAUUUCUCUGUUUUUAGAAAAAUAGAAGCUUCAAAUCCGGCACUUUCUUCGCUCUUUUAGGAACUAAACCAGAACUAAACCAGGAUUUUACAAGGAAUUAGUCUGGACUCAACCAGGACUCAACCAGGACUCAACCAGGACUCAACCAGGACUCAACCAGGACUCAACCAGGAUCAACUGAGUCUUUUUCUGGACAUGAUCAGGACUAAGUUGGAGCAUUUGUAGGAAUAAAAUUGGACUUAAAAACCAAAACAAAACUUGUGGUGUUUCCAAACCUGGACUUUAUCAGGACUAAACUUAGACUAAACCAGGACUAAUAAACUUCAGGACUAAACCAGGAUUUUACAAGGAAUUAGUCUGGACUAAACCAGGACUAAACCUGGAUUUUACAAGGAAUUAGCUGGGUUUCAACCAGGACUAACCCAGGACUAAAUCAUAACUGAACCAGGACUAACCCAGGCCUGGUCCUGGGCUGGUCCAGGGCUGGUCCAGGGCGGGUUCUGGAGCGCCCUCUGCUGCCUCUUCACUGCUGUGUCACUUUUUGAGCUGCUCUUUGUGGCUGAACUCGAGACUCUUGCCUUUUUCCUUUUAUUUUAUUGUAUUUUAUUUUAUUUUGACAGAAUCGUGUCUAAGCUCCCAAAAGGAGCUGUGAGUCCAGGUCCAGACCUCACGGUGGAGUCCGGGUCCGGUCUGGACCUCACGGUCGAGUCCGGGUCCGGAACCGUGAAAAUCAUGUUACAAAACUCGACAACAAGCAUCAAAGUUUUAAAGAGGACGACUCAUCACAAACCUGCAGAACUGAACCAGGACUAAACCAGGACUAGACCAGGACUAGACCAGGACUAGACCAGGUCUAGACCAGGACUAGACCAGGACUAGACCAGGACUGGACCAGGUCUAGACCAGGACUAGACCAGGACUAGACCAGGACUAGACCAGGACUAGACCAGCUAGACCAGGACUAGACCAGGACUAGACCAGGACUGGACCAGGUCUAAACCAGGUCUAGACCAGGACUAGACCAGGUCUAGACCAGGUCUGUGCAGUGGGUUUUGUGGCGUUUUGGACGAGUUUUUCUCUUUAAAUCAAACCUGUUACUUCGUCACUGACAGAAAACGGACCAAAGAUUGAACUCUGGACUUUUGCCUUAUUUUGGUCAAACGUGUUUUGUUUUGUCUCAUUCUGUAAAAUCAUCUGAACGGUUUUUGUUUGGAGUUUAGUUUGAAUUUGAAUAUUUAUUUGUGAUUUUCUGGGGCUGGAUUUUGCUGAAUGUGGAAGAAAAAAUAAAAAAAUCAUAAAAAAAAAAAAAA